AUGGCCUCGGCUAGUACUCGCGAACAGACCAUUGAAGAACGUUAUGGAAUUCCCGAAAACUUUUUGGAAAUCGAUGUUAAGAAUGCACAAACACAUGGAUUUGGCCGAAAAAUGUAUACUGAUUAUGAGAUCGUGUGUCGGACCAAUAUUCCUGCAUUCAAGUUGAAACAAUCAUCGGUUCGUCGACGGUAUAGAGACUUUGAAUGGUUCAAGGACCAACUGGAACGCGAAUCGGCGCGUGUCAAUAUACCCCCGCUCCCUGGAAAGGUAUUUACCAAUCGCUUUUCAGACGAAGUCAUUGAACAGCGCAGAGAAGGCCUUGAAAGAUUCCUGCAAAUCGUGGCCGGUCAUCCUCUACUUCAAACGGGAAGCAAAGUCUUGGCAGCCUUCAUUCAAGACCCUGAAUUCUCUCGCGAUACCUACCAUUAUUAA